AUCAGUCUCACACAAACCCUAACAGCCCUCACCUGAUAUAACCACCAGCAGCCAAAAAACAAAAGGAAACCCUAAACCUUUGGCCUCUCGCUCAACACAGUAAGAAUAGAGAAUGGUGAAAUUCUUGAAACCUAACAAAGCCGUCGUCCUCCUCCAGGGCCGCUUCGCCGGUCGCAAGGCGGUGAUAGUCCGAUCCUUCGACGAUGGAACUCGUGAUCGUCCCUACGGCCACUGCCUCGUCGCCGGCAUAUCAAAGUACCCGUCAAAGGUGAUCAAGAAAGACUCCGCCAAGAAGACAGCGAAGAAGUCACGCGUGAAAGCGUUUAUGAAGGUAGUUAAUUACAGCCAUUUGAUGCCUACAAGAUACACUCUCGAUGUGGAUUUGAAGGAUGUGGCGACUCCUGAUGCGUUGGUCGGCAAGGAUAAGAAGGUGACCGCUGCGAAAGAGAUCAAGAAGAGGUUUGAGGAGAGGUUCAAGACUGGAAAGAACCGAUGGUUCUUUUCAAAGCUCAGGUUUUGAAAUGAAAAUUUUGAUUUUUGUUAUGAAUUAAGUUACUCUUCCUCUUUUUUGGAUUAGGGAAGCUUUUGUUAGUUGAAUGGUAUCAAUUACAGCUUGCUAAGUAGGAUUGAAUUUCUUGAAAUGAAUUUACAUUAUGCAGAUUUGUUAUUAAUUAAUAUCUUUGGAUAUUGCUCUUUUUACGUUCA